UUUAAUAAUGGCAACUGACAAUCUGAAAAGGGGAAUACCCGAGUUUUAAAUUGUAUUGAAAUAUAUAUCAUAUGAGGUAGAUAUAAAGUUCAAUAUCAUUUGCACGCACAAAAUUAUUAAACAAAAGAGAUAAAAUACAAAUCGCUACUCGUUCAACGAACCAUUACGUUUCAAGGAUUACGUUGCACUGUACUGAGAAGUAUUUCGCAGGAAUUUGUAGGAACAUAUUCAUCUCGCCGUUUCUAUUGCGUUUUGGAUUAUAGUGAUUCUAUUUGUUGAAAAGAAGGAGCUGUGCUUAAGAUGGCAAAGGCAAAAGUUGGUAAGAAAGCUACGGGCGUUGCUAUGGAGCUGCCAGAGUGUCCAGUGUGCUUUGAAACAAUGUCUGCUCCUAUAUUUCAAUGUCAGUCAGGGCAUAGCCUUUGCAAUUCUUGUACAAAAAACUUAUGCCCUUCAAUAUGCCCAAUGUGUCGCCAAGCAAUGACUCAAAUGAGAAAUUUAACACUUGAAGACAUUAUUGCUAAGGCAAAUGUACCAUGCCCAAAUAAAUCAUUUGGUUGUGUUUACACUAUGGUUACUCAAGAAGUUGAUGACCAUCUCAAAGAAUGUAUAUUUCGAGUUAUGACUUGCCCACUUGGAGCUGUUUUUGGCAAGUGUUCUUGGACGGGUAAUCUUAAAGAAAUUAUGAAUCAUUUUAAAGAGCGUCACCCUCAGAACUGCAAUGUUAAUAUGGAAACAGGGGUCGAACUAAGCAAUGUUUCCAUUCAUGAAGAUGAGAGAUUUCUAUACUUGAUACAACAAGGCAAUCUACUUUUCAUUGUUACUAUGAAGAUUGAUACUUUACAAAAAGUUGUUUAUUGGGUUGUACAGCACAUUGGCAGUAAAAAUCUGCACAACAGCAUAUUUAUGAAAUUCACAUUACAAGUAAGCAAGAUCCCAGAAGGCAAGUGAUAUUCACUGACCAUUGCUACAAUGAUACUUUAUCAGCAGAUGCUGUUUAUCGUCUUGGCAAAUGUGGCAUUUUACCGUUGGAGAUGUUUUCACAUUUCAU